GCUUCUUUCAUGAAGCCAUCAGCAAAUAGCUUUCAAUCUUACUAGUCGACAGUGCAUUGAGUGCUGCCUACCUGAAAAAUGGCUUGAUAUUGUAACAAUUAUUAACAGUCUCUAUCUAUCCUCUAAUGUAGUUAUUGGUUGUGGCGUCGUUAAAGUUGGGGAUCGCGAGCACCGCUCUCUUGAUGAGAUAGGAUAGCUACUGUUGGUUGGUAGGCAAUAAGAUUGAGGGAGAGAGAGAGAACGAGAGAGAGAGAGAGAGAGAGAGAGAGAGAGAGAGAGAGAGAGAGAGAGAGAGAGAGAGAGAGAGAGAGAGAGAACAAGUGGUAGAAAAGAGAUUCGCGCGCGCGGAGUCUUCCCCUCGCCAGUCUGUAGCUCUCGAGCGGCAGGGAGGCAUUGUCUCGUGCUAAAAGGAUACAUUUCUCCGCCACUUUCAUUUAUACUGUUUUCUCCCUCGGCAUUUUAUCAACGCGAAGAUGCACCGUCCUGGGCUGGUCUCAACAUUCACGUUAACGUCAAUGCUGUGGAUUUUUAACAGUUUCCGCAGCCUGCACGGAGCUCUCCCGUUCGCACAGAAGUGUGAGGAGGCUCUCUCCUCUCCUCUCCCUCACACUGCCUUCACUGCCUCCUCAAUCUUCACCAGUGGAUACUCUCCAGGCUACGCCAAGCUCAACCGGAGAGGAGGUGCGGGGGGCUGGUCUCCCCAGGACAGCGACAGCUACCCGUGGCUCCAAGUGGACCUGGGCAACCGGAGACAGGUUGCCCAGGUGGCAACACAGGGCAGGUACAGCAGCUCUGAUUGGACGACGAGGUACAGGCUGCUCUACAGCGACACGGGCAGGAACUGGAAGCCUUAUCACCAGGACGGGAACAUAUGGGCAUUCUCAGGCAACUCCAACACGGAGAGUGUGGUGCGACACGACCUGGCAAAAGGUAUCAUGGGCCGGUUCCUGCGUUUCGUACCGCUGGACUGGAGUGGAGAGGGGCGCAUCGGUCUCCGCAUAGAGGUCUACGGCUGUUCCUACUGGGCAGACGUAAUAAACUUUGAUGGACAGGGAGUUAUAUCUUACCGAUUUAAGGUGAAGAAGAUGAAGAUUAUAAAGGAUGUCAUUGCUCUGAAGUUUAAGACAUCAGAAAGUGAAGGAGUCAUUCUACACGGAGAGGGACAGCAAGGAGACUAUAUAACAUUAGAGCUACGCAGAGCCAAACUACUGCUGCAGAUUAACCUAGGCAGUAACCAGUACGGUUCGAUCCUGGGCCACACCUCUGUGACGUCUGGAAGUCUAUUGGAUGAUCACCACUGGCACUCUGUGAUGAUUGAACGAUACCGACGCAACGUUAACUUCACCCUGGACACACACACACAACACUUCAGGACCAACGGAGAGUUUGACCAUCUGGAUCUAGACUAUGAGUUGAGUUUUGGUGGCAUGCCCUACAGUGGUAAGCCAGUGGGAGGGGGGAUGAAGAACUUCAGAGGCUGUAUGGAGAGCAUCAACUACAACGGAGAUAACAUCACUGAUUUGGCACGACGCAAGAAGCUAGAUACUUCCAGCUUUCGUAAUCUGUCACUCUCUUGCGUGGAGUCACACUCCUUCACAGUUUUCUUCAACGCUACCAGCUUCCUGCAGCUCCCGGGAAGAGCCAACCAGGAUGUAGUAUCAUUGGGGUUCCAGUUCCGCACGUGGAACGAUGAUGGACUCCUUCUCUUCAGUAACCUUGAUGAUGGAACGCUUGAGAUUGACCUUGACGACGGGAAGGUUGGCGUUCACUUCAACGUGACACAGAUGAAGAACACCAGGAUAGACAUAUCAUCAGGUUCGGUCCUUAACGACGGCCAGUGGCACGCGGUGCGUCUGGUUGCUAAGGAGAACUCGGUCUUGUUGACGAUCGAUGGUGACGAGGCAUCAGCGAUCCGAACCACCACACCUAUCACCAUCAGGACCGGGGGAACAUACCACCUGGGAGGGUACUUCCUGCCUACCUUAGCCCCACCCACCCAGAAGUCGUUUCAGGGCUGCAUGCAGGCAAUUCUAUUGGACGAUCAGCCGGCUGAUAUGCAUGCCGUGGAGAAAGGCAUUGUGGGAGCAUUUGAGAACGUCAGCUUAGACAUGUGUGCCAUUAUAGACAGGUGUAUGCCUAACCAUUGUGAGCAUGGAGGCAGGUGUAAACAGACCUGGGACAGGUUUAGCUGCACAUGCGAUGGAACCGGAUACACUGGAGCCACCUGCCACACUUCGGUGUUUGAACAGAGUUGUGAGGCGUAUAAACACCUGGGAAGAUCUUCAGACACAUACUGGAUAGAUCCGGAUGGGAGUGGGCCACUCGGACCUUUCAAAGUCAACUGCAACAUGACAGAAGACAAGGUGUGGACUACUGUGGUCAAUAAUCUACCAGCCCAGACCUCAGUGACCGGCUCUAGCAGAGAGAGACGCACUGUGCUGCAACUCAACUACAGUGCAUCUAUGGAACAGGUCACAGCUAUUACCACCAGUGCAGAACACUGUGAACAACGCGUGUCGUACAGCUGCCUCAUGUCCCGACUGCUCAACACACCCGAUGGGACCCCCUACACAUGGUGGGUGGGUAGGAGCAGUGAGAAACAUUUCUACUGGGGAGGAUCAGGGCCAGGGAUACAGAAGUGUUCCUGUGGUAUUGACAGGAACUGCACUGACCCCAAAUAUGACUGUAACUGUGACGCUGACCACAAACAAUGGAGAGAGGACAGUGGUCUGUUGGUAUAUAAGGACCAUUUGCCAGUCAGUCAGGUUGCUGUGGGUGACACCAACAGGCUGGGUUCAGAGGCAAAGCUCACAGUCGGGCCGCUCCGUUGUCAAGGAGACCGUAACUACUGGAACGCAGCAUCAUUCACCACGCCCUCCUCCUACUUGCAUUUCUCCACUUUCCAGGGAGAGACCAGCGCUGAUAUCUCCUUCUACUUCAAGACCAGCGCUCCCUACGGGGUGUUCCUGGAAAACCUCGGCAACACAGACUUCAUACGCCUCGAACUGAAAUCUCCUACUGUCAUCUCCUUCUCCUUUGAUGUGGGGAAUGGCCCCGUGGAAUUGGCCGUCCAUUCAGCCACGCCCCUCAAUGAUGACCAAUGGCAUCGCGUCAUGGCAGAGCGGAACGUGAAGGAGGCGGUGCUACAGCUGGAUCUGAACUAUAGGGAAGCUCGUCCCGCCCCUCCACAGGGACACACACGGCUAGAGCUGUUUAGUCAGCUUUAUGUGGGGAAGCCAGCUUCGUUGACCUGCCAAGACAGUGCAGCAGGGGGUCAGAGGGGGUUUCUGGGAUGUAUCCGCUCACUCAGGAUGAAUGGCGUGACCCUUGACCUUGAGGAGAGGGCAAAGGUAACUCCAGGUGUAAAGCCAGGCUGUCAGGGUCAUUGUACCAGUUAUGGGAUGUACUGCAGGAACGGAGGAAAGUGUGUGGAGAAAUAUAAUGGCUACUCCUGUGACUGCACUGCCACGGCAUACGACGGACCCUUCUGCACCAAAGAUGUGGGGGGCUUCUUUGAGGCGGGGACUCUGGUGCGAUACGACUUCCUGUCAGAGUCAGCGGCAGCCAAUCAGGGCACAAGGUUUGUGGCCCAACCUUCGACUCCACAGGAAGUGAAUCUGACAGGAGAAGAAGUAGCGUUUAGCUUCAGCACGUCCAACACACCAGCUAUACUGGUGUACGUCAGCUCCAAGACACAAGACUACCUGGCUCUGGUGCUGCGGCAGAAUGGAACUCUCCAGGUGUGGUAUAACCUAGGCGGAUUCAAGGAGCCGUUCACCAUAGACGUAGACCAGCGUAACCUAGCCAACGGACAGCCACACACCAUCAACAUGUCCAGAAGCAACAGGACUAUCACCAUACAGUUGGACCACUACCCCCCUGUCAGUUACUCUCUCCCAGAGGCAUCAGACACACAGUUCAACUUGGUCAAGACAUUGUUCUUGGGGAAAGUAUUUGAGACAGGCGUGAUAGACCCAGCGCUUAUAGAGCGUUAUAACACUCCAGGGUUCAUAGGCUGUCUGUCACGCGUCCAGUUCAACGGAGUAACACCCCUGAAAACAGCCCUAAGAAACCUUGUAGCAGACAGACCGAUAGACAGACAUCCAGACAAACCGACAGACAGACAGUCUGUGCCAGUGUCCUACCAGGGUAAGCUGGUAGAAUCUAACUGUGGAGCUUCGCCUCUCACCAUCCCACCAAUGUCUGCUGCCACCGAUCCUUGGCGCCUGGACUCAGGUGCAGAGUUCCCAUUUAAUGAAGAGAGAGUGAUCCCAGAUGGAGUCAACAGGAACUCAGCUAUUAUAGGAGGUAUCAUUGCCGUGGUGAUCUUCACCAUCCUGUGCACACUGGCGUUCCUGAUUCGCUACAUGUUCCGUCACAAGGGCUCCUACCACACCAAUGAGUCGAAAGCGGCGGAGCCAGCCAGUGGCGAAUCAGCUGACACCACCAUCAUCGGCACCGACCCCAACCCAGAGACCAUCGACGAAUCAAAGAAAGAGUGGUUCAUCUAACUGCCAAUAGAAAGACAGAGAGAGAGAGAAGGGGUGGCUGUGUAUCUAACCAACAAUCACAUGAGAAUUGGAGAGUGGGAGUUUCAUCUAUUGACCAAUCACAGGAGAGAUGGAGAGAGGUGUCAUCCAAUAGUGUCCCUACUGAAUGGAGGAGGGGGUGGAAGUGGGUGAAGAAUGGUGUACAGAAAUCAGAUUUUUUUUCAUAAAAGCAGAAGAGAGAAGAGAGUCUAUUGGAACGUUGCGUUGAGAGACUAAAUCUGUACAUAGUAACUGAUGAGUCCUUCUUUGUAUUGUAUUUGGGAGUUGUCAGGAGUCCUUUGAAUACAUAAUAGAUAUAUAAUAACACAUCUGGAUCAAAUACAUAUCUCAAGUACAUCAAAAUGUAAUGAAUUCAGCUUGGAGUUUGCACUUUUGGGACUAUUCUCUUGUCUCCAUUGUACCAAACUAAAUCAAACUCAAUUACCACGGCUCAAGUUAUUUGACUUAUGUAUUUGACCUCUGUAUAUUAAUAAUAAUAAUAACCACUGGAUCAUACACUAGCACAGACUUGUUUGUUUUUUAAAGGGGCAAUCAGGAGUUGCUACAUCCAUUAUUGGACUUAUAAAUUCAUUAUAUGUACCCAUUGAUUCUUGAAGAAUGUAACUUUUAAAUGUCUCAUGAGCUUUAGUUCAACUGUCGUACCCAACCAGAACCUGAAAUAUGAGCUUCUUUUACUUCAAUGUUUGAAAGCAAAGUAAAUGUAAACAAACACUAUAUAGCCUCAAAACAUGAUUAUAACUAUAAUGUUGAUAUCAUGGAUGGUCAGUCCUUGCAUUCAUAGCUCUAUCUAUGAAUUUGAGAGUUUCUCCAGCCCCAUCCCUCAGCUUUUUACGGAAACGGGCAGGGGACACUUUGUUUUUAUUUCUACUGCUGAUUGCCGCUUUAAACUGAGAUCUGACAGAUUAUGUUAAAUCAUCUGUUUCUAAGUUUAACAUUUCUGUUGGUCACACUUACAUGUUCAUUUUCCAUAUACACCCCACAAACCAGCCCCUCCAUGUGUUAUUACAGAAACAUGGAUGUCAAAAGUCAUGCUGUAAAUAGGUUUUAUUUAUAAAUAUAUUUGAUUUAUAUUUGAAUAUGUUUAUUUAUUCAGCGACAUUGGUACUCUACAUUUACAAGACAUGUCAGAUAGUUUAUCUAAGAUUUCUAAGCAUAGCACAUGUGUGAGAGAGAAGUUUACUUUCAUUUAAUUAUGACAUUAGAUUGUAUCAACGAGAAUUCCUUCUCAUCGAUGACUGGAGAGGAAUGUCUCAAAGCAUGAUGGGGAAAACAUAGAUAAACACUCUGCGUGGCAGAUGGCUUUCCUUCCUGUGAGGGAACUUUCAGUGUGUAUUCUGUUGCCAAACACUUCAGUCUUAUGUUCUCAUGUUUGUUUUCCAAGAUUGAUCAAUUCGAUCGCUCAUGAAAAACUUCUAAUACUGAGAGUUUGUCUCGUGAGACACAAUGAGAACGAGAGAAGGCUAGACAUGUUACCUUAUGUUGAAAGGGUUGUGUUUGCGUGGAGACAGGGUCGGUGGCACAGAGGGGUGUAGCCUGCGUUCCAUAGGACAAGGCUUUGUGGUAGAGCAUGAGGGUUCGAGGCUUGGUCGUACAGUGUUUAAUGGUUUAACCCACCGUGCCUUCAGGAGUCAGCCACGAUCCUUCCUCUUGGCGACACGACACGGUUCCACAGCACCGUAGUGGUAGAGACAGACCCAUGUCAGCGCCAGUCAUUUUCCUUCUUUUUUUAGACAUGUACAUAUUUUUGAUAUUCAUAUUUAUUUAUCAUGUCUAUCAGUCGUUCCAAAUGUUUACUUCAUACCGGUGUUACCCGGAUACAGUGUGAUGAUGUCAUGACUGCCAUUUUUGUAGCUUGUUGUCAUGGUUAAUUUUUCUUUGUUCUUUUUUUCUGUAUUGCUUUAUAAAAUGUUGUGAAAUGUUUGUAUAUCGUCUCGGAUAAUUCCACACUAAGAACACCAUAACCCACACAGAGAAGACGGAGACUAAAAGCACCUAGACAAGGCCGUCAGCCAUCACCAAUAGAUAUGUCUGGGUUUAGCCAUCUAAUGUUCGUUAUCAUGCCACAUCUAGCCACCAGGCUACUGUCAGUCAUCUCAGUCUUGCUUUCAGCUCUGUACAGUUCAAUAAAGACCGUAUUUACA